AUGAUCUACCUCGCGGUAGCCGGGGUCAUCCUGUUUGCGUACCUUUUCCUGUGCGACUGGUGGACCAGUUACGAUUUUGGAAAAGCGUCCAACAAACCGAUCGCCAUUGUACCACACGGUACGGUGCAUAAACCGAUCGACGUAUCCGUAGCCACUGCGCCUGAAACAGAAAGGGCCUGUGAUACUGCUACUGCUGCGGACGGCUGUGACACGGAACCACCCAUCGGGCCCACAGUAUUGACGAACGGGAACGCUACAGCGGAAGAUCAACCGUUGGCAAACGUUGGUGCGACAGUUGAUCAACUCACCCAACAUCUCAAGCAGGUGUCUUUAACCAAUGCCAACUUUUUGUACGAUCGUCCUCAACCACGUCGGCAGCAAAAGCAGAAGCGUUUGAAUCGUCCACAGGACCGACCGUGCUUAAUAAACGGCCAACAGGAGCAGAGUUCGGGAACUUCACGGGUCGACACCAACGAUAACCAUAUCAAAAUGGAUGGUACAAACGAGUCGGCAGCGGUACCGAACAGCGAAGAAAAUAGCUCCGCUGGUAAGGAGCGAGCCAGUUUUAUCGUUGGCGAAGAGGACAGUCAGCUGGACGAUGAGCUCGAGGCAAACGAUGCAUUCCCACAAACGAUGGAGAAUGGAGGUCUACGUAGCUGCUCGUCGUACGAGAUGAACCUGACCGAAAAACGGCGCCGCUUAAGGCCUAGCAUGUCCCAUGGCACCGGAUUGGGACUGCAGCGUGGCCAGGAACGUGACUUUGUUCUGUCAACGACGGAGGAGUUUGUGAAGAAAUUCAACGGUACGCGGGUCAUUAACAAGGUACUCAUCGCAAACAAUGGUAUCGCGGCGGUCAAGUGCAUGCGAUCAAUCCGUCGCUGGUCGUACGAGAUGUUCAAGAAUGAGCGUGCGGUCCGUUUCGUCGUUAUGGUAACGCCGGAAGAUCUGAAGGCAAACGCGGAGUACAUAAAGAUGGCAGACCAUUAUGUGCCCGUGCCGGGCGGUUCAAACAACAACAACUACGCAAAUGUGGAACUGAUUGUGGACAUUGCACUACGGACACAGGUGCAAGCGGUGUGGGCUGGUUGGGGUCACGCUUCCGAGAAUCCCAAACUGCCGGAGCUGCUGCACAAGAAGAGUCUGGUGUUUCUUGGCCCGCCGGAACGUGCCAUGUGGGCACUCGGAGAUAAGGUCGCAUCCUCGAUCGUAGCGCAAACGGCUGAAAUCCCUACGCUACCGUGGUCGGGCUCGGAAUUGAAAGCCCAGUACAGUGGAAAGAAGAUCAAAAUUUCCAGCGAACUGUUUGCACGUGGUUGCGUGACCACAUCUGAUCAGGGACUGAUCGCGGCAGGCAAAAUCGGUUUCCCGGUAAUGAUUAAAGCGUCUGAAGGUGGUGGUGGCAAGGGCAUUCGGCGUGUGGACAGUCCGGAUGAGUUUCCGGCAUUGUUCCGACAGGUACAAGCGGAAGUGCCCGGUUCUCCCAUUUUUGUGAUGAAGUUGGCACGUGGUGCCCGCCAUCUUGAGGUGCAGCUGCUGGCCGAUCAGUACGGUAAUGCGAUCAGUUUGUUCGGGCGUGACUGUUCCAUUCAGCGACGGCAUCAGAAGAUCAUUGAAGAGGCACCGGCCGUCAUUGCCGAUCCGGCCGUAUUUGAGGAAAUGGAGAAAGCGGCAGUACGGUUGGCGAAAAUGGUCGGCUACGUAAGCGCUGGUACGGUGGAGUAUCUGUACGAUUCGGAGGGCAAAUAUUUCUUCCUGGAGCUGAAUCCUCGUCUGCAGGUGGAGCAUCCAUGUACGGAGAUGGUGGCAGAUGUGAAUCUGCCCGCCUGCCAACUGCAGAUCGGCAUGGGUAUUCCGCUGUACCGCAUCAAAGACAUCCGAUUGCUAUACGGUGAAAAUCCGUGGGGCAGUACGGUGAUAGACUUUGACACUCCGGCUCAAAAGCCACGCCCCUGGGGCCAUGUCAUCGCGGCCCGUAUCACAUCAGAGAAUCCGGACGAAGGCUUCAAGCCAAGCUCGGGCACGGUGCAGGAGUUAAACUUCCGCUCGAGUAAAAAUGUUUGGGGUUACUUUAGUGUUGCAGCGUCGGGCGGUUUGCAUGAGUUUGCCGACUCGCAGUUUGGACAUUGUUUCUCCUGGGGUGAAAACCGUCAGCAGGCUCGCGAAAAUCUCGUCAUUGCACUGAAGGAACUCUCGAUUCGGGGCGACUUCCGGACAACGGUAGAGUACCUAAUCACGCUACUAGAAACAAACAGCUUCUUGGACAAUACUAUCGAUACCGCCUGGCUAGACGCACUCAUCGCCGAACGGGUUCAAUCGGACAAGCCGGACAUUAUACUCGGCGUUGUGUGCGGUGCACUGCACAUUGCCGAUCGUAAGGUGACCGAUGCGUUUGCUAGUUUCAAAGGCUCGAUGGAGAAAGGACAAAUUCAGGCGGCGAACACGCUGACAAAUGUGAUCGACGUGGAGCUGAUUGCAGAGGGCGUCCGUUACAAGGUUCAGGCCGCUAAGAGUGGCCCGAACACAUACUUCCUCGUUAUGAACGGGUCCUUUAAGGAGGUGGAAGUACAUCGACUGUCGGACGGUGGUAUGUUACUGUCCCUCGAAGGUUCCAGCUAUACGACCUACAUGAAGGAAGAAGUCGAUCGCUAUCGAAUCGUUAUCGGUAAUCAGACCUGCGUGUUCGAGAAGGAAAACGAUCCAUCCUUGUUACGCUCCCCUUCGGCGGGCAAAGUCAUCAGUCUGUUGGUAGAGGACGGUGCACACGUUUCGAAGGGUCAAGCCUUUGCGGAAAUUGAGGUCAUGAAGAUGGUCAUGACAUUGAAGGCGAAUGAGGCGGGCACGGUGACGUUUUUGCGCCGUCCGGGUGCCGUGCUCGACGCAGGCACCUUAAUCGGGCACCUCGAGCUGGACGAUCCGUCGCUGGUAACGAAAGCGCAACCGUACAAAAAUUCCUGGCCCAUCAUUGAAAAUGUGCAGAUACCGGAAAAACUAAACCGUAUUCAUUCCAGCUACAAGACAGUGCUGGAAAACACCCUGGCCGGUUACUGCCUACCGGAUCCGUACAAUGCGCCCCGACUGCGGGAAAUAAUCGAAAAGUUCAUGCUAAGUUUGCGCGAUCCGUCACUGCCAUUGCUGGAGCUGCAGGAGGUGAUUGCCUCCAUCUCGGGUCGCAUUCCUCUAUCGGUGGAAAAGAAGAUCCGCAAGCUUAUGCAGUUGUACGAGCGUAAUAUUACCAGUGUGCUGGCACAGUUUCCCUCACAAAGUAUCGCGAGUGUCAUCGAUAGUCAUGCGGCGACGCUGCAGAAACGUGCCGAUCGUGAUGUGUUCUUCCUGACGACCCAGGGCAUCGUGCAGUUGGUGCAGCGCUAUCGCAACGGCAUCCGUGGUCGCAUGAAGGCAGCGGUACAUGAGCUACUCAAGCAAUAUUAUGCCGUCGAAUCGCAAUUCCAGCAUGGCCACUAUGACAAGUGCGUUGCGGCUAUUCGUGAAAAGCAUAAGGACGAUAUGGAUGUAGUGGUGGGGACAAUCUUUUCCCACAGCCAAGUGGCCAAGAAGAACCUGCUGGUGACAUUACUGAUUGAUCAUUUGUGGGCGAAUGAACCGGGUCUAACAGACGAGCUGGCCGCAACGCUUGGUGAGCUGACAUCGUUGAAUCGGGCAGAACAUUCGCGAGUGGCGCUUCGUGCUCGACAGGUGUUGAUCGCUUCGCACCAGCCAGCGUACGAGCUGCGUCACAAUCAGAUGGAAUCCAUUUUCCUGUCGGCAGUCGACAUGUACGGACACGAUUUUCAUCCGGAAAAUUUGCAACGAUUGAUCCAGUCGGAGACGUCCAUCUUUGAUAUUCUGCAUGACUUCUUCUACCAUUCGAAUCGUGCUGUGUGUAAUGCAGCACUGGAGGUAUACGUGCGUCGCGCUUACACCUCAUAUGAGCUGACCUGCCUGCAGCAUCUGGAGCUGUCCGGAGAGGUACCACUGGUACACUUCCAAUUCUUACUGCCCACAGCACAUCCGAAUCGAUAUAAUUCGGAAGGAAGCGAUACCGAUGCUAUUCCGGAUUCUUUCAUGCGCACCGGUUGUAUGGCAGCCUUUGAUUCGUUCGAGCACUUCAAUCAAUAUUCGGAUGAAAUCUUGGAUCUGCUCGAGGACUAUGCGUCACCUGUAUUCGUCAACGCGAAAGUGCUAGAAGCCGUCGAGGGAACUGAUUCAGACCGCAGGAUGAGCACAUCGAUCAACGUAUCGAUCUCCGAUCAGGUGAAUCGUGUAAUGGAGAACGAAAAUGUAGCACCCCGACCAUCGGAAGCGAUCCAUAUUUUGAGCAUCGCUGUGCGAGACAUGGGCGACAUGGAUGAUCAUCAGAUGGAACAAGUAUUCGGCUCGUUUUGCAAUCAACAUCGGGAGGAGUUACUGAGCCGUCGCGUGAGACGAAUUACCUUCGCUGCGUUGAAGAAACGACAGUUCCCCAAAUUUUUCACCUACCGCGCGCGGGACCAAUUCGAGGAGGAUCGUAUUUAUCGACACCUCGAGCCAGCCUGUGCCUUCCAGCUAGAGCUGAACCGAAUGAAAACGUACGAUCUGGAAGCACUGCCGACGGCAAACCAAAAGAUGCAUCUCUACCUCGGUCGGGCCAAGGUACCGAAGGGACAGGAAGUGACGGAUUUCCGCUUUUUCAUCCGUUCCAUCAUUCGCCACUCGGAUCUGAUUACGAAGGAAGCUUCAUUCGAAUAUCUGCAAAAUGAAGGCGAACGAGUACUGCUAGAAGCGAUGGACGAGCUGGAAGUAGCGUUCUCACACCCGCAGGCCAAGCGUACUGAUUGUAACCAUAUUUUCCUCAACUUUGUACCGACCGUCAUCAUGGAUCCGGCUAAGAUUGAAGAAUCCGUCUCAAAGAUGGUGUACCGGUACGGACCGCGGCUGUGGAAGCUGCGUGUGUUGCAGGCGGAGCUAAAGAUGGUAAUUCGCCAGACGCCGCAGUCGCCAACCACCUCGGUGCGGCUCUGUAUUGCGAACGAUUCGGGCUACUUCCUCGACAUCGCCAUGUACACGGAGUUGACUGAUCCGGAAACGCACGUCAUCAAAUUCCAAGCCUAUGGAAACCGGCAAGGCGCACUGCACGGACUGCCGAUAUCGUCUCCGUAUAUGACCAAAGAUUUCCUGCAACAGAAGCGCUUCCAGGCUCAGUCAAAUGGAACAACGUAUGUGUACGACAUACCGGACAUGUUCCGGCAGAUGACGGAGCGGCUGUGGAAGGAGUUUUCCAAAGCGAGACCCACAGAGGACAUUCGUAUCCCGGAGAAGAUUCUGCUGGAAUGCAACGAGCUAGUGCUGAACGGUGAUAAUCUGGAGGAGAUCCAACGCCUGCCAGGCGAGAACAAUGUCGGUAUGGUGGCUUGGCGCAUCGUGCUUGCCACGCCGGAGUUCGCCAAAGGUCGUGAGAUUAUUGUGAUUGCCAACGAUCUGACCUACCUGAUCGGUUCGUUCGGACCGCAGGAGGACCUGUUGUUCUUCAAGGCGUCUGAACUGUCGCGACAGCGGAAAUGUCCACGCAUCUACAUCUCGGUCAACAGUGGCGCACGUAUCGGGCUGGCGGAGGAAGUGAAAUCACUGUUCAAGGUCGCUUGGGAAGAUCCCGAGGAACCGGAGAAGGGCUUCAAGUACCUGUACCUCACGACGGAAGAUUACAGCAAAAUAGCGAACAGCAAUUCGGUGCGCGCGAUACUGAUCGAGGACGAGGGAGAACCACGAUACAAGAUUACUGACAUUAUUGGCAAAACGGAUGGGCUCGGUGUAGAAAACCUGCGGUACGCGGGUAUGAUCGCUGGCGAGACGUCACGUGCGUACGAAGAUGUCGUCACAAUUUCGAUGGUCACAUGUCGCACGAUCGGCAUUGGAUCGUACUUGGUUCGUUUAGGUCAACGUGUCAUACAGAUCGACAAUUCGCACAUAAUUCUCACUGGCUUUGCUGCGCUGAAUAAGCUGCUGGGGCGUAAAGUGUACGCCUCGAACAAUCAGCUCGGAGGAAUUCAGAUUAUGCACAACAAUGGUGUGACACACAAGACCGAAGCCCUGGAUCAGGACGGUGUGUACACGAUUCUGCACUGGUUGUCCUACAUUCCGAAUGAACGCGGCGGUUAUCUACCGAUCGUGUCGCCUAGUGAUCCGAUCGAUCGUAUGAUCGACUUUACCCCCACCAAAGCUCCGUACGAUCCGCGCUGGAUGCUGGCCGGUCGUUACAAUCCAUCCAAUCCAUCCGACUGGGAGACGGGUUUCUUCGAUCGUGGCACGUUUUCGGAAAUUAUGGAACCAUGGGCACAGACGGUCGUGACUGGACGUGCCAAGCUGGGUGGUAUUCCGGUGGGUGUAAUUGCGGUUGAGACGCGAACCGUCGAGGUGACCAUACCAGCUGAUCCAGCCAAUCUGGACUCGGAAGCCAAAACGUUCCAGCAGGCCGGUCAGGUUUGGUUCCCAGAUUCGUCCUUCAAGACGGCUCAAGCGAUCAAGGACUUUGGGCGAGAAGAACUGCCACUCAUUAUCCUAGCCAACUGGCGUGGUUUCUCUGGUGGACAGAAAGACAUGUACGAACAAAUUGUAAAGUUCGGUGCCUACAUUGUCGAUGGAUUGCGAGAGUACAAGCAGCCAGUUAUAGUUUACCUUCCACCGAAUGCCGAGUUACGUGGUGGUGCAUGGGCGGUGCUGGAUCCUACCAUUAAUCCACGCUACAUGGAAACGUAUGCCGAUCCGGAGUCGCGCGCCGGUGUACUAGAACCGGAGGGUAUCGUGGAGGUGAAAUACAAAGAGAAGGACAUCGUGAAAACAAUUCAUCGUCUUGAUCCGGCUGCGGUGGAUCUUAAAAACCAAUUGGCCGCGGCGGGCGAGAACAAGGAGCUGAUUGCCGAGCUGGAAAACAAAAUUAAAGCACGAACGAAUGCGUUGCUGCAAAACUAUCACCCGGUGGCGGUACAUUUUGCGGACUUGCACGACACGCCCGAACGAAUGCUGGAGAAGGGUUGCAUUAGUGAAAUUGUACCGUGGCGUAAUUCGCGCAAUUGGAUCUACUGGCGGCUGCGGCGUUUGCUGCUAGAAGAACAUUUCAUCAAACAGAUUUUCGAAGCACAAGAUGAUCUGUCGGUUGGCCAGGCCAAAUCCAUGCUACGCAGAUGGUUUGUCGAGGAUAAAGGAGCUACGGAGGCAUACCUAUGGGAGACAAACGAGUCGGCCGUUGAAUGGUUAGAAAAUCAGAAACGCUCGGAUUCUACCGUUUCCCGCAAUAUCUACUCAGUGAAACAGAGCGCAAUAAUCUCACGGAUUCGUCAGUCGUUAAAUGACUUCCCGGAGGCCACACUGGAUGCGGUUGUUGGACUUUGUGAGAAACUGUCGCCCGCACAACGCGGUGAGGUGGUGAAAACGCUUGCCCAGCUUACCGACAACGAUCACACAAGUCUCGGAUGA